UGCUGUGGUGUCACUUCCUUGCGAAGGGAAUUCCUUACAGGAAUGGCUGUCAGGGGGUAAAUCCGCCUGCCCAGGGCGGUUUGGGGUCCCCGUCCCUGCAGGAAGAGCUGGAGGUGGCUCCAGGGCUGGGGACGCGGCGGGGAUCGGGCUCUGCUCGGGCUCCGUGACCCUGGAGGCUUCCCCAGCCUCAGGGAUCCUGUGCUUUAAAAGUGUCUGAGCAUCUCCGACAGUAGCAAAAAUUACUGGUUGUGCUGUGCCUCCUUGGUGAACAAUGAAGGUUCUGCUGCUGAAGGAUCCCAAAGACAAAGAUUCAGGACCAGAUCCUUAUAUUGAAGAAUUAGGAUCGUACAGCUUGGAAGCAACGUUGAUCCCAGCUUUGUCAUUUGAAUUCACCUCUCUUGACAGCUUAUUUGAGAAGCUUUCCCAUCCAGAGUGCUAUGGAGGCCUGGUUUUUACCAGCCCAAGAGCAUUAGAAGCCAUCAAGAUAUGUUUAAAAGAGAAGAGUAAAAAAGAGGCCUGGUCAAAAUCUCUUAAACAAAUGUGGAGCAUCAAACCAACAUAUGUGGUAGGAAAAGCUACAGCUUCUUUAGUGGAAGAAAUUGGUCUUGUUCCACAAGGAGAAAUGGCUGGAAAUGCUGAGAAAUUAGCUGAAUAUAUUUGUUCAAGAGAGAAACCCAAUUCCUCAGCUCUCCUGUUUCCUUGUGGAGCCCUGAGAAGAGAAGUACUUCCUACAGUGCUUAGAGAAAAAGGCAUACCCCUGGAAGGCCUCACAGUUUAUCAAACAGCCCAGCACCCUGAUCUGCAGGAGUCUUUGAGCAGUUACUUCUCCCAGCAGGGCAUCCCUGCCAGCAUCGCGUUCUUCAGCCCCUCUGGUGUCAAAUUCUGCCUCCAGCACAUCCAGAAGCUUUCAGGGGAUUUGAUCAACCAAGUCAAGUUCGCUGCCAUCGGCCCCAGCACGGCGAAGGCGCUGCGAGACGCCGGCGUGGCCGUGAGCUGCACUGCUGGGAGCCCCUCGGCCCAGGAGCUGGCUGCUGCCCUGCACACAGCCCUGCAGCCACACAGCCCUGCCCUCUGACAGCCCAGCUGGGCUUUUCCAGCCUUCACACCCGUGGUGGUUGGGAUUAUGAAGCGCUGUCCUGGUCAGGGAUGGCUGUGAGAAGGUUGCACUGGAAUAUCUUAAGAAAUCUGGGAUCUGUCCAGCAUCCUGAAAACAUUCAGCUCUUCCCUUUCCUCCUGUGUGCACUGUGAAUAUUUUAUCCUUGAAAAGCAGCUGUGAAUACUGAGAAACUGCAAUCAGCCCCAGAGCUCACCUCAGGUAUCCCCCAGCACACAGCUCAGGUUGGAUUUCUCUGUAUGAUCAGUUUUACUUGCACAUCUUCUGUAGGAAAAACCGGUGAAGUAUUUUCUUUUGUAAACUUGUUUGCUUGUUGUUCUACCUGUUUUCAACUAUUUGUAUAAAAAUGUGAGAGAUUCUUUGUGCAACAGGAGAAUUCUUGCUGUGAAGUUGCUCUGUGUGGGGCUGCUGGCAGUUCAGGUCAGCUGUUGGCCCUUGUUACCCAGCCAGGGUGUUCAGAAUUAGCCUUUGGUUUCUGUUCCUGUAAUGAAGGAUUUAUUAACAGGGAAAUAAACUGGCUUAUCAGAGUUAA